AUGUCGAAUAGCCGAAACGAUCAGCGAUAUACAGAGGAGGUCGCGAUUGUCGGCGUCGGACCGUUUGGAGAAGACGAUCAACAGAUAUUCAAAGAACUGCUUGAACGUACCUGGGAUGCAGCUAUUGUCGACAAACUUCGCCGAUUUUCACCUGGACAGACGCGACUCAUCAGAGGCUUAAAGGCUGGUCGGAGAUGGAGGACAGUUCUUCGUGAAUCUGAUGGGCGAACAUUCAGCUGUGCGGUAUCGCUAUAUCCAUUGCUUCACGAGCGCUGCCUUGGUCUAUUUCAAAACUGGACGGGCAUGACGCCACAGGAAUUGUGGGCCGUUGAGCGGCAAUGUAACAAGGAUUAUAUUCCGACCGGGAUACGCCAAGACAUCUCAGGCGUGGAUUACUAUGAGCUACAGCUAGAUGUAGAAUGGCUAUACAUGACAAUUCUGGAUCCGCCACCAUUACGCGACGAGUGGAUGCAAUCUCUCCUCUUUAAGACGACUCUAGACGACGGAGACUUGUACAAAUUUCUCAUGGACUCUCUACUUUGGACCAGAUUAGACCCAGAAAAAUUCCCUAUCAAUCAGCGUGAUCUGGGUACUACGGCAAAGCUCGCUAACUUCAACAGCAACAACGUAGUUGUCUACUCAUUUCUACGACUUCCACCUGAGCUCUUGCUCCUUGUCAUCGAACAUUUCAAUCUGGCCACCUUCUUUCAUCUCCAAGAAACUUGUUACAGUCUGUACACUCUCUUCUCGAGCAUUCAAGACAUGGUCGCCAAUCUUCGCUUGAGGACGCAAUGCCCUUGGUUUCUGCCAUAUGGUGAGACGGAACAGAGGAUUUGGGAUGCCGAAAUUGUCGAGUCGGGUUGGAGAGAGUGCUUCCCAUGGAUGUGCUACUACAGGGAAUGCGAGACAAAAUCGGCAUCCAUGCGGAACCGAAGACGAAUGUGGGCCAUCGUUCAACAGAUCCAGGCACUCUCUACCGAGCUGUCUAGCUAG